AUGAACUCACUGCCACCUGCGAUACAUCAUCUUCCAACCGAUGCACUCUGCGAGAUAUUCGAGGUGUGGGCCGACAUCGAUCCGCCCGCCCCCAAUCGUCUGGGAUUCAUCCUGGGAUCCCACGUGUGCCACUCAUGGCGUUCCAUCAUGCUCGACCUCUCGGCGCUAUGGGCUGGUAUCAUCUGCACGUACCGCGACGCGAGCGUCGUCCAGACAUUCUUGACGCGCGCUCGUGACGCGCCCCUCGUCCUCAACUUCGCUGGAGAACCCAAUUUUAAUUUGCUCGAAGCUCUCCGCACGCAAAACGCAUGGUCUCGCGCGCGCCACAUCGAUAUGCCCUACCCUGGGACAGUCGAUAUCGACUGGCUGCUGUCCUAUCAUAGGGCUCUCCCGAAGCUUCGUCAUCUUAACAUAGGGGAGCGCGUACCUAUCAAUCGGUCAGCAUACAAAGCCCGUAGUGACUGCACACUAUCAGCGCCGGCCUUGUCGCGAUUAGUGGUGGAGAGGACCGGGCUUAUCAUCGAGGCGCCAGGUCUUCGUGAUUUGGACCUGCGCUUAACGCACCGAGACACGUCCUCAAUCAUGGAUCUCUCUGUUCUACUUCGGACUAUAUCCAUGUACCCCAUGCUUCACCGUUUAUCACUCUUGAUAGGGGGUGGAGCUACUGGAGUCAUGACAGAGUCAGAGGUCCCACCCAUCCUGCACGGUCCUAUAGCUCUGCGCCAACUGCAGACCUUGCAACUGGCAGGAAAGCCCGGAUCACUCGCGAUGAUAUGGAAGAAUUUGGACAUACCACAACGCUUGUCACUUUCCUGCUUCAUGGCCUGGGACCCGGAGCCAAGCGACUUCCUCGAGUCCGUACGCGCUUUCUUGCAAGCGUCUGAGCAUCGCGCACUCUGUCUCAGCGCUGAGCGUCGGUCGGUGGGCACGUCCAUAUACUAUCAGAUAGCCUGCUUCACCUCAGACUCAGCUGAGGAUAGGCUCAAACCUGGCAUGGAUACAUGUACAUACCAGAUCGGUCUCACGUCUAGAGCCUUUGUCGCUCCAGUCUCGCUGGAGUUACUGCGAGCCGUCGCAGCUGUUAAGAGAGGGGUCACAAGCUUGACCUUACACACUGACUUCGGAGAAGACGAGCUAUGGCUCAUGAAUAUGGAUCUGGAGGCUCUGGCAAAUGUAGAGAACCUUCACUUACAGUGCAAGGAGGCCACCGAGUCUCUCCGUAUCCUCUUGGUACCUGGCUCCUUACCCGUUCUAAAAGUGGUCAACAUCGAUAUGGAAAACAACGACGAUUGGAGAGGAGUCAUCAACGUCCUCCGCAUGAGAGUCAAUGCCUCUGGUCGCUUGAAGAAUCUAGUGCUGAAGGGCGCGAUCAUGUAUUGGGAUGAGGCCGAGCGACGAGAGGAGUCGAUGCUAUUGCAAGGUUUGGCGGAAGAACUGCAUGACGAGCGUGUGGUCAUAUGGAAGGACUCUGUCGAUGUACAGGUUUAUCACCGUAGGCGACUCGGGCGGGGUCCGGAGGAGUAUCUAAGAUGGUGA